AUGGGAGCGAAUUGCGACGACGACCUAAGUUCGCCGGUUUCCUCCGUGGCCGGUGCUCCGACGAACGAGCUCCGGUUGAGCAAGCAUGUCUACGACAACGUUCACGGAAACAUCUAUCUCGAUCCUCUUUGUUUGAAAUUCAUUGACACGGAGCAGUUUCAGAGGCUUCGUGAACUCAAGCAGCUCGGAGUGACAAGGAUGGUGUAUCCAGGCGCUGUGCAUUCUAGAUUUGAGCACUCUCUAGGCGUGUAUUGGCUUGCAGGCGAAACUGUUCAGAGGCUUCAAACUUUCCAGGGAAUGGAGCUUGAUAUUGAUAGAUAUGAUCUUCAGACUGUGAGACUUUCUGGACUUCUCCAUGAUAUUGGCCAUGGCCCUUUCAGUCAUAUGUUUGAGCGUGAGUUCCUCCCAAGAGUCAUAAGUGACUGUAAGUGGUCUCAUGAGUCAAUGUCUGUAACCAUGAUCGACAAUAUCGUUGAUACACAUCACAUUGACAUUGAUCCUCAAAUGCUGAAACGAGUGAAGGAUAUGAUACUCGCUAGUUCAAAAGGUUUUGAGCUGAAUAACAAUGAAGAGAAACGUUUCUUGUAUGACAUUGUUGCUAAUGGUCGAAAUGGGAUUGAUGUGGACAAGUUUGACUACAUUGUUCGUGACUCUCGAGCAUGUGGACUAGGAUGCAAUUUUCAGUUCCAAAGACUGACAGAGACGAUGCGAGUCAUGGACAAUGAAAUCUGUUAUCGCGCUAAGGAAUAUCGUAAUGUCCACAAGUUAUUCUCCACUCGAGCUGAUCUUCAUCGAACAGUCUACACACAUCCGAAAGUAAAGGCAAUUGAGCUUAUGAUAGCAGAUGCAAUGGUGAAAGCUAAUGAUCAUUUGGGGAUUUCUUCUUACAUUGAUAACCCAUCUGAAUACUGGAAGUUGGACGAGACAAUCCUCAAAACUAUUGAAAACUCUUCACGUCCAGAGCUUGCAGAAGCUAGAGAGCUUAUACUCCGUGUUCGAAGAAGGCAAUUGUACCAAUUCUGUAACGAGUAUGCGGUUCCAAAAGACAAAAUGGAUCAUUUCAAAUCCGUCACUGCUCAAGAUAUCAUCUGUUCUCAGGGAUUGGAGCUUGAUAUUGAUAGACAUGAUCUUCAGACUGUGAGACGUACAGGAAUUCUCCAAGGGACAAAGAUGAAGGAGACAGCUGAAGCAUACCAUGGGAGAAAAUUCAAGGACGCAAAGAAGAAGCAAUACACUUCCGAGGUUGGCCAACCAAGCAAGAGAGGGAAAGAAAUUGCUGGCCAACCAAGCAUUAAAGGGAAAGAAAUUGCUUACCAGGACUCGGAGGAUGAGGAUUCUGACACAGAGGAAGACUCAGAUGAUGAUGCCGACCCUGACGGUAUCAUGAUGGAUCUGAACGAAUUUGAUUACCAGGACUUGGAUGAGGAUGAUGAUUAUAUGGAAUAUACUGACACAGAGGAAGACGAAGACUCAGACUCAGAUGCCGACCCUAACGGUAUCAUGAUGGAGUCUCCAGAUUUGAGACUCCGGCUUCAAAAUCUUGGGGAGUAUCUGAACGUAUUUGGCGAGCAUGUUGAGCAACAAGUGCGUGAGGGGAAGCGAGUGUAUAUUUCAUCACAGGUUAUAAGCAAUGAAACGGCAAGGAUUUUGCUUGAAGAGAGAUUCAAUGGAGUUGAGUCCGCAACAAAUCCAGAAACUCAACUCAUGCUCUGUUCCUACGGUGAUGAAGCUCGCAUAUAUUGGGAAUCUAAUGCAGAGGAGUAUAGGCAAUAUAGCUCUAGGAAGACAUCUAGAGUUGCAAAAAGGAUUACGAAGACCGCUGGUCACAUCCGUAACCAGAAGUGUUGUAGACUUUGCUGGUGCUUUGCGUUAACGGACCUUAUCAGUGCCAUUCUUUGGCUCGACGGCUGGGAGCAAAGUUACAAGUCAUUGUCUCCGAUGUAUCUCUGUAGAAAGGUGGCCCCAGACAAACGUGAGCAGCAUAUCAGUAAUGGAAUCAUCCAUUACUGUUAUGGACAUAACGUGGAUGAUGCGCUAAAACACAUAAUGGCACAUGGUGUUCCAAAUGUAGAAUGGGAAGAAACAGACGACUGUUAUGCUAAAACCGGGUUUGAAGAUGAUUAUGAAGACAGAUACUACGUGAGACGUGUUUUUGAGUAUCAGACUCUUGCUGACGCAUUAGAGCGUCUCAGGACGCACCCAGUUACUGCCUCACUUGCAUGUUACAAGGGUUGGGAAGAGAAAAAAGUAUAUCGUGGCCCAUUAAACCAAGAUGCCGAGCUCGAGGGGAGUCACCAAGUUCUGAUGCUACAUUGCAGAGUAAUAAAAGGAGAAUUAGUGGUUAAGUGCAAGUUGAGUAACGGGAAAGACACUGGAUUUAUGGGCUACAUAUUCGUGUCUCUCCAUGUUAUGCAUAUAUCAGUAGGAUCUCUAAGAAGAGAAGGAAUAGAUACUGAUAUUUGCCAUAUACAACCCCAGCAUCUCCUCUCUGAUUUUUACUCAGUGGAAAUGGGGAGAACUAAAGCCAGCAAGGAAGAAGCUCCUUCUGGGUGUUGCAGCAAAAGGAAAACAGCAUCCCAUGUUUUGAAGUCCAAGGCAUUCUUCAAAGACCAGUCUCAAAUUUAUAACAAGGCUGCAUCUGGUGCUGCUGUGCAAUGUCAAAUGUUGGACAUCACUUUUCCAGGAGCUGUGCCAAUGCACAAGGUUAAUUUUGAUGCAAAGAAUGAGUACGAGAUGAUACAAAACUACGAGGUCAUGCAAGAAGUCUUCACCAAACUGAAAAUUACAAAGCCAUUGGAAGUGAACAGGCUUGUGAAAGGCCGACCACUAGACAAGUUGGAGUUUCGACAAUGGCUGAAACGUUUCUGCGACUCCAUAAAUGGCGGCAUUAUGAACGAGAAUUAUAAUCCAGUAGAAGGAAGAUCAAGAGGCGGCAAAGAGAAGAGCGUAAAGGGAGCUAGUAAGGCCUCAAAGUCAUUGCAAACAAACAAUAUGCAUCAUCAUCAUCCUCCAGUCACUAGUGGUCUCAAGCAAGCAAAAUCACAUGCAGUUGGAGGUGGGAGCAACUCAUCAGCCCAAGUGCAAGCUCUGUCAAAGGAGCUUGCAGAGCUGAAGGUCUCUGUGGAUCUCGAAAGUGACUUUUACUUCUCUAAGCUCCGGGAUAUAGAGAUACUCUGUCAGACUCCUGAGCUCGAUGAACUUGCGAUAGUGGUAACGGUUAUGAAGAUGUUAUAUGCGACGGAUGCAAAUGAAUCUCCACUAGAAGAAGCUCAAGAGUGCCUAGGCCAGUCUCUAGGGCUUGAGGCGGCUGAGGAAGAAGAAGGAAAAGAAGAAGUAGAAGAAGAGGCAGAAGCAGAAACCAAGACUUAA